AUGAUACUUGUUCUGGGUCUUGGUUUUCUCUGUUUACUUCUCUGUCCUGAGCCAGUAGAGGCACAGUUCCCCCGAGUGUGCUGCACAGUGGAGGGGAUUCUGUCCAAACAGUGCUGCCCAGCUCUGGGAUCAGAUCCUGCCAACAUAUGUGGCUCUCUGUCAGGAAGAGGAAGCUGUGCAGCUGUUCGGGUCGACUCCAAACCCUGGGGAGGACCUUACAGACUCAGAAAUGUUGAUGACAGAGAGAGGUGGCCGACCAAAUUCUUUAAUCAGACUUGCAGAUGUACUGGUAACUUUGCAGGUUAUGACUGUGGCCAGUGUAAGUUUGGCUGGACUGGACCAAACUGUGACCAGAGGAAAGCUCCUGUGGUGCGGAAGAACAUCCACUCCUUGACCCCUGAGGAGCUCCAGGAGUUUCUGGAUGCUUUGGAUCUGGCUAAAACCACCAUCCACCCAGAUUAUGUCAUUGCCACUCAGCACUGGUUGGGACUGCUUGGACCAAAUGGAACUGACCCACAAUUUGUCAACAUUUCCAUCUACGACUUCUUUGUCUGGCAACAUUACUACUCAGUUAGGGACACUCUGCUUGGUCCCGGUCGCCCAUUCAAAGCCAUUGAUUUCUCACAUAAAGGUCCAGCAUUCACCACCUGGCACAGGUAUCACCUUCUGAGCUUGGAAAGAGAGCUUCAGAGACUGACAGGCAAUGAGAACUUUGCCGUCCCUUACUGGAACUUUGCCACAGGGCAAAGUGAGUGCGAUGUGUGUACUGACGGUCUGUUGGGCGGCAGAAACCCUGAGAACCCCACCCUCAUCAGUAACCAGUCCAGAUUCUCCAGAUGGGGGGUGGUAUGUAACAGCUUGGACGACUACAACCGUCUGGUGACUCUCUGUAAUGGCACCAACGAGGGCUUCAUUCAGAGAGGGAUAAUGGAGAGAGUCAACAAGCCUCUACCUACCAUGAAUGACGUUAGAAGCUGUCUUGGAAUAAGGGACUUUGACAGCCCUCCAUAUUUCACCAACUCCUCCUUUAGCUUUAGAAAUGCUCUUGAAGGGUAUGAAAAGCCAGAUGGAGAGUUGGAUGAUACAGUCGAUAACCUUCACAACCUUGUCCACGCCUUUCUCAAUGGAACCAACUCUUUGUCUCACUCUGCAGCCAAUGACCCCAUCUUUCUGGUGCUCCAUGCCUUUACUGACGCCAUUUUUGAUGAGUGGAUGCGGAGGUUUGUUCCGUCCAAUGCUACCUUCCCAGAUGAGAUGGCCCCCAUAGGUCACAACAGGGACUACAACAUGGUUCCUUUCUUCCCUCCAAUCACUAAUGAGGAAAUCUACGUCACAUCUGAGCAGCUGGGAUAUUCCUACUCAAUCUCUCUAGACGAUACAGAAGGAGGAUCGGCUGUCUUUGUGCUGGGCUCCACUUUAGGGGGAGUCUUCAUCGGUCUCCUGGUGCUUCUCCUUAUCUUUGUGCUCUACCUGCGUCAACGGAGAAACAGAGGCUUUGAACCCCUGAUAAAAGCGGAUUUCACAAAUAGAAAGUACACAGAAGAAGCCUAGCUUUCACCUGUUGUUCUGAAACACACUGUCAGUACUCAUACACCCCUCAGUGGUGCAGCAGCCAGUCUACUAUGCAGGCUCAAUUGUGAAGCGAGACACAAACAUUGGUACUGUAACUAAAUGAGAAAUGAAUUUAAUUACAUGUUUGAAUAAUAGUCUGAAUCAUGAACUAUCUUAAAUAAAUGUAAAUUUAACUACAACAUGAAUGUUUUUUUUUUGACAUUUCACAAAAUGACCACAGUCACAAAUCUAUUGGAAUGUUUUUAAUAACAAUUUAUUCUCAAGAACAGUAACAAAACACAAAUGCAAUCAUUUUGAUUGCACUGAAAAACAGUAAGGCAUAUUUGCUCAACUAGUUCUUUACCUCGGUUUGAUAUUAUAUUCAAAUGUUUUUGUUUUUUUCAAAAUUUUCCUAUUUGGGAUUUGAUGUCAUA